UGGCGAAAGUGCGGCUGCGGAAGCGCGGCCAGGCCGGCGGCGGCGGCGCGGGACGAGGCUGAGGAGCUCCGCGGCUGCUUGCGGGGCCGGGACCAGGCCGGCACCAUGGGCCGCCUGCACUGCACGCAGGACCCGGUGCCCGAGGCCGUGGGCGGCGACAUGCAGCAGCUGAACCAGCUGGGCGCUCAGCAGUUCUCAGCCCUGACAGAAGUGCUUUUCCACUUCCUCAUGGAGCCCAAGGAGGUGGAAAGGUUCCAGACUCAGCUCUCUGAGUUUGCCACUACUCAUCAGAUCAGCCCGGGCCCGCUCCGAAGCAUCGUGAAAAGCCUCCUCCUGGUCCCCAGUGGUGCCUUGAAGAAGAGUCUCUCCGCGGAGCAGGUACUGGCCGAUUUCCUGGCUCUGGGUCUCAGCGAGGAGAAAGCCACUUACUUUUCUGAAAAGUGGAAGCAGAACGCCCCCACCCUUGCUCGCCGGGCCGUAGGUCAGACUCUGACGAUUAACCAGCUUGUGGACAUGGAGUGGAAGUUUGGAGUGACAUCUGGAAACAGCGAACUGGAGAAAGUGGGAAGCAUCUUCUUACAAUUAAAGUUGGUGGUUAAGAAAGGCAAUCAAACUGAAAAUUUGUAUAUAGAAUUAACCUUGCCUCAGUUCUACAGCUUCCUGCAUGAAAUGGAGCGAGUCAGAGCCAGCAUGGAGUGUCUCAGCUGAUUUCUUGUCCCCUCUAUGUCUCCGUGGCCCCUCAUCCCUUACUGGGUGACCGCUCCCAGAGGCACCUCCCGCACAGGCCUACGGGUGCUCCAUUUCCCCCUGCUGACUCAUGGAGAGUCCAGGUGCAAAAAGCUUUCUGGAAAACCAGACUACUAAGUCCUGAAAGGGCCCUCCCCGCACAGUUUACCCGUUACAUAUAUUGUUAGGGAGCAGCCACUUCCCGUGUGCCAGGACACAGCUCCAUGUCCCCAUGGGCUGUCUUAUCCAGGUGCAGGGAAGCCAGUCCACUGCCCCUUGCUCCUCAAAGUCCACAGAAAACUAAUGGUACCAUCUCUCAUGCUAACACACCAAUCCCUCGACCCUACCAAGAGCCACACCCCUUCCUGGCUGAGGAGGAGGUGGUCUGUAUGAGUGACAAUGUGUGUGCAGUGCUCAUGGCUGCUGCCUGUUGAUCAGUGGGGCCUUGCCCUCGGUUUUUAACGCAUCAGUCACCUGUGUACAGAUGCAUGAUUGGUAUCUGAAAAGAACCGAGGCCAAGCCUUGCCCCCACUUUCGGUUUUGUUCUGAAGUGUUACAAUAGGACAGGAUUUUUGAGGCCAUCUGAGCCUAUUUUGGUUCAAGCCGACCACGUCUGUUGGUUAGACAAUGAAUAAAAAAGGUGGCGAAGGUCUUCAGCCGCUUGUCCUUUGGCUUGAUUUGAAGUCAUCUGCUUAGCCGAGAGCUAGUGGUUCCAUCUUCCCAAGUCUCUGCCUGGCUUUGGUAAAAGCCCGGGAUGUUGGGCAACACCAGCCAUGGCGGUCCAGAGUGGAGUCCAUGACAGCAUGGAGGGGGGCCAGGUUAAAGCAUCACAAGACUAGUGCUUUGUACCCUCCUCUUCCUCACCUCCUCUCCCACCAACCAGGCCUCGGACACUUCUAUUGAGUUUUGAAUGACUAAUGCAUGCCUGGGACUCAGCAGAUACAGUGGAAAGUUAUUCCAUUUCCUGCCCCCACCGCCUUUCCCUGGUUCUCUUCCCCAGAGGCAAACGGAAUUCAUUCUGUGUUCAUGAAGACAUUUGCUGCAUUUGUAAACACAGAUAGGUUCAGUUUGACUUUCCUUCCCACACAAAGGAUAGCAUGUCCUACCAUCCUGUGCCCUGCCUUCUUCCCCUUACCUCGGAAGCCACUCUAUCUCAGAACAUUUGAAAGCACCGUUCUCUUUACUAGUUUCUUAUUGUUGUUCUUGUUGCUUUUUAAAAUAUAUUCAUUUAUCUGAA